GGUGGACUCACGUACACUGCGUACAUGCGUUACCGCGCGACAGUGCAGUACGGUGUCUAUGCUGAUGACGUUAUCAUCGGUGGCGGUGGUACCGUUGGCGGAUCCGCAGGCGUGAUCGGUGGUGACCAUGGCGGCUACCAUGAUCCCACUACUUACCCUGAUACCUUUGAGGCACCACCUUAUGAUCCCUCCGGCAAGUACUUAGACGACUCUGAGUUUGUCUCCGGCCGCAACGCCAAUGAUACGGACAUUUUGGCGAGCUAG